AUGGUUUUAGAACUCAGAGAUCACUGUCAAUUAUGGCGUGUCACUAUCAGCUAUGGAGACAAAGAAUCUGCCUCGAAUGGCGACAAGAGAUCGACCGGGUCGUCUCCGAAAACCAUCAACGAGCGAAAGUUGAUGGCCAAGAUCGACUGGCAUAUCCUUCCAUGUUUGUGUGUCAUGUUUGUGCUGGCAUUCCUGGAUCGUAUUAACAUCGGUAAUGCAGCGAUUCUGGGGUUGAAGGAAGACUUGCAUAUUCAAACAGGAACGGAAUACAACACCGCACUGACCAUUUUCUUCGUGCCUUAUAUCGUCUUUGAAAUCCCGUCGAAUAUCCUGCUGAAGAAAUUGAAGCCGCAUGUAUGGUUGCCAUUAUGCAUGAUCGGCUUUGGUCUGGUCACAGUCUGUCAAGGUCUCGUAUCAAAUUGGGGCGGACUAAUGACCACUCGCUGGUUUCUCGGCAUGUUCGAGAGUGGCUUGUCUCCUGGAUGUCUCUAUCUUAUUGGUAUGUGGUACAAGCGCAGCGAAGCUCAGAAGCGAUUCAGCUUGUUCUUGAGCUCGGCAAUUAUCGCUGGUGCAUUCGGCGGGUUGCUUGCCAGCGGGAUUGGGAAAAUGGACGGGCUGCGUGGCUACGGCGGCUGGCGCUGGGUGUUUAUCUUUGAGGGUGUGAUCACCUGCCUGGUUGCAAUGAUCUGCUUUUUCAUCGUCCCGGGGUUUCCUGAGGAUGCAAAGUGGCUUAGUGAGGAGGAGCGAGAGUUCGUCCGUUCCAAGCUGGCGGAUGAUGUGGGAAACGCCGCCAGCCACGCGAGCAUUGGAUGGCGCGAUGUUCUGGCUGUUUUCAGAGAUUACAAGGUCUUUAUAGGCGGAUUUAUGUACCUUGGACAGGGCGUCACAGCUUACGGAUAUGCCUAUUUUGCUCCUACGAUUAUCAAAACCUACGGCCACGACGCCAUCAAAUCGCAGCUCUAUUCCAUCCCACCAUGGGCCACAGCCUUUGGCCUCUCCAUGCUCAUCGCCUUUUUAUCUGACAAACUCCGCCACCGGUUCAUCUUCGCCAUUAUACCGAUGCUCAUCGCCAUGGCCGGGUUUGGCAUCCUCCUUAACGUCCACGACCAUCAUAGCGUACAAUACGGCGCUUUGUUCCUUGUCACGAGUGGCUGCUAUAGUGCCAUGCCCGUACUGGUCUGUUGGUUCUCGAUGAACCUGGGGGGUCAUCGUCGACGAAGCGUAGGGACAGCAUGGCAAAUUGGAUUUGGAAAUAACGCUCCUCGCUACCGUAAGGGGUACAUUAUCAGCCUGUCCCUCCUCUGUUUCUCCGCCGCCAUGGCUAUCCUCUACUUAUUGGCAACACUGUACGAUAACAAGAAACGUAAUCGGGCCAUUCAAGAAGGGAACAUUGACAUGCAGGAAUUGUCGGAAGACGAGCUGGAGUAUAUGGGGGAUUUGGCACCGACAUUUCGCUAUGUUUAUUGA